UAAUGAGAGCCAGCGGACGUUUGUCUCACGACUCACGAAGCCCUAACUAUGGCGUGCACUCUGGACUUCCGAUGCCUUGACGAGGGACUCGGCGGCCAGAAGAGCAAGCGGAAGCGCUCGCAUACGGAUGGAUCGGACUCCAUGGAAGUUGAAGUCUCAACUGAAGUUUUCGUUGACGGCUCAGGCGAUCUCGCGCCACCGGCAAAGCGACCUGCCCUCCCGUCACUCGAGAAUCCAGAGAAACCUGCUUCCAUCGGGCGCCCUACCUACGAUGGAGUCAUAGCCGGAAAGGUUUCUGGCCGGAAGUGGAAGCAACCGCGGACGCAGCGCUCCUCCGCGUGCCGUAUCUCUCGCCGCGGGACCUCCCUUGAGGUCCGCGUCAGGGAGAAAGAGUUGAAGCGAGCAUUCAAGGAGAGGAAAGAGGAGCUUAAGGAGGAGAUUCGGAAGAAUAAAGAGGAGAAACGUAAGAGAAGGGAAGAGCGGGAGAAAAAGAAGAAGGAGAAUGUAUUGAGAUCAGGAACCAAGCUCCAGAAGAUUACCAACCCGAAGACUCUCAAGAAGAUCGCUAAGUCUAAACAGAGAAAGCUUCUAAAGGUCGUCCCAGAUGAUCUACUCAGCAAUAAGAAAUAGCAAUCCUAGGAGAGAGAGGCCUGGGAGCAGCACAAGUAUGCCGGCCAUUUUUUACUUAAUUAGACAACCAAAUUAAUAUGCUAGUUUUGGAAUCAUGAGAUUGAUGUUUUGUCUAUUAUGAAUGUUUGUUAUGCCUGUUUUGUUUCCAUUGAAUUGGGAACUGGAUUUUUGAUAGGUAUAAGAAUUGAGAUUAAAAUCAGGCCAUCUUUGAGUUCUGCUACUUCUUGAUCAUGCUUUUACAUUGAUAAGGAAGUGAACAAUUAUUGAUGUCAAAUUUAAUUGCUUUCUUUCA